GUAAAGCUGCCGUCCAUCCUCAAAUGACCUACGGACUGCGCGAGAGCGCGGUACUGACGCCAGGAGGGACCUGUGUUCUGAUAACGCGUUUUCAAUUAUCCCCCAAGUGUCUUUAGCCUGUUGUGCGGUUUGUCACGAUUGCUAACCCAACAAGGCAAACCUGGACAUUGAAUUUGCUGGUCCGCACAAAUUUUAAAACUGCCUUACACCUGCAGUUAAAUUUCCUUGCAAUAGCAGGUAUUCUUCCAACUGUCACUUGGUUAUGAUGGCUUCCAGUCACACUGUGCUGAUGCGGUUGGUAGCCUCAGCAUAUUCUAUUGCUCAAAAGGCAGGAAUGAUAGUCAGACGUGUCAUUGCUGAAGGAGAUCUGGAUAUUGUGGAGAAGACCUGUGCAACAGACUUGCAGACCAAAGCCGAUCGAUUGGUACAGAUGAGCAUAUGUUCUUCCCUAGCACGGAAAUUCCCCAAACUAACAAUUAUAGGGGAAGAGGAUCUGCCUUCUGAGGACGUGGAUCAAGAGCUGAUUGAAGAUGGUCAGUGGGAGGAAAUACUGAAGCAACCAUGCCCAGCACAGUACAGUACUAUUAAAGAAGAAGAUCUUGUUGUCUGGGUUGAUCCUCUGGAUGGUACCAAGGAAUAUACUGAAGGCCUUCUUGACAAUGUAACAGUACUUAUUGGAAUUGCUUAUGAAGGAAAAGCCAUUGCAGGAAUUAUUAACCAGCCAUAUUACAACUACCAGAACAAUGAAAAGGAGAAGUUAAGGGAGCACAGGAAUGAAGCAAAGGCAGGACCAGAUGCCGUGUUGGGGAGGACUAUCUGGGGAGUUUUAGGUCUAGGUGCCUUUGGGUUUCAACUGAAAGAAGUCCCGGCUGGGAAACACAUUAUCACAACCACCCGAUCCCAUAACAACAAGCUGGUCACUGACUGUGUAACUGCUAUGAACCCUGAUGAUGUACUUCGAGUGGGAGGAGCAGGAAAUAAGAUUAUUCAGCUGAUUGAAGGCAAAGCCUCUGCUUAUGUAUUUGCAAGUCCUGGAUGUAAGAAGUGGGAUACUUGUGCUCCAGAAGUUAUUUUACAUGCUGUGGGAGGCAAGUUAACAGAUAUCCACGGGAAUGCCCUUCAAUACAACAAAGAGGUGAAGCAUAUGAACUCCGCAGGAGUCCUUGCCACACUGAGGAAUCAUGACUACUAUGCAAGCCGAGUUCCAGAAUCUGUUAAAAAUGCACUUGUUCCUUAAAGCAGAGUCUCAUUUACUUAAGUAGGAGAAGGACUUGGUUCUUAAUAUAUUUUAAAAUCAAUCGGAUACAAUUAGAACUCUACCUUUAUUCAUUGUUGAUCAGUGACUUAUGUUUAGUUAUUAUACUUAGGACUAGAAAAUAGAUUAAAGAAGUUAACUUGACGAAUUAAUCAGCCAGAUCAAUUUUGACAUCUGGAGAAUUUAUAAAUUUAACAUGUUAUAUUUCUUUUCCUUCUUUUGUGUGGAGAAAUGAAAAAAAUGGUUAGUUCCAACUGGUAUUCCAGAUCACCUGUUAACUUGACAUUCCUAUCUUAUAAACCAGCUUUUUUUAGGGCACGGUUGUUCCUACAUCUCACUAUUGUUUUUCACAGUGAUUUUUAAAGUGUUUCUACUCCAGUUAUGGAUAUAUAUAAUGUUACUAUGUAUGUUAAGGAAAAGGAUUUAUGGAGAAAUUUUCUUUAAAUUAUUUAAUCCUAGCUUUUUAUGUUUUUCACUAGCUUUUUUUUUUAAGUAUUUGAAAAUUAUAAAUUCUCUACUAUAGGAAUUCCUUUUCUUAUGGCAUCAUUAUAUGGCUUAACUGUGGGAAGUUAUGAGUAAUUGCCUUUAUUCCUCUCAAUGGGCGAUCAUAACAUAUACUAUUCUAACACUAUGCCUAGAUUUUUCACUUCUUCAGUCUCUGUUCAUUGCUUUUAAUUAAAUUUCUCCAGUUGGAUUAAUACCCAACUUUUUUAGAAUCAUCUAGGAGAUUUUUUAAAAAUGCACAUUGACAGUGUCUAGCUCAACAAUUUUAAUUCAGUAUAUUUUAAGAAGGCUAAUCUGGGGACUUUGAAAAUCAUCUAACUGUAGUGCUUAUUAAAUAAGGUAAUAACAGUGUUAUUUUACAGGAGCGUCAUAAUCCACAGGAAGAGGCCUCUGUGGCUUCUACACCUUUACCACUCCUGUUAUCAUCUAGGGUCCAGCCACCUGUCACUGUCAGCCAGUAUGCAGAGAUAGGGAUAGGUCCACCAAACUUUGUCAGAAGGCCAGCAAUUCUGGAGGACAGUCAGAAUAGGCUCUCCAAGACUGUUCUGUUCUUCCAUUCCCAGAAUCACAGUUUUAUACAUAAAGGUUCAAAGCAAAGGCCACAUUAAAUCUUUUUUUGUUUGUUUGUUUAGCAGGCCCCGGCUGGUUUAGCUGGUUUUGUUUGUUUGUUUGUUUGUUUGUUUGUUUAGCAGGCCCCAAACCCGCCAGCCCCUGUGCAUGGGCCAGCACUCCAAUCAUUUAACUAAGGUUGCCCAACCCACAUUAAAUCUUACUGUACUUUAUUGUUAUUUAUUUAUUUAUUUUUGAGACAUUCUCACUUUGUCAUCCUUGCUAGAAUGCUAUGGAAGCAUACCUCACAGCAACCUCAAACUCUUGGGCUCAAGUGAUUCUCUUGCCUCAGCCUCCCUAGUAGCUGGGACUAUAAGCGUCCACCACAACGUCCAGCUAUUUUUAGAGAUGGUGUCUUGCCUUUGCUCAGGCUGAGCUCAAGCAAUCCAUCUUCCUCAGCCUUCCAGAGUGCUAGGAUUACAAGCCUGAACCACCAUGCCUGGCCUAAAUCUUAUUUUAAUAAUAAUCAGUAUAGGCCGGGCACGGUGGCUCAUACCUGUAAUCUGAGCACUCUGGGAGGCUGAGGCAAGUGGAUUACCUGAGCUCAGGAAACCAUCCUAAGCAAGAGGGAGAUGCAAUCUCUUAAAAAAAAGAAAAAAAAUAGGUGUUGUGGCAGGCAGGUGUAGUCCCAGCUACUUGGGAGGCUAAGGCAAGUGGAUCACUUGAGCCCAAGAGUUUGAGGCUGCUGUGAGCUGUGACACCAUAACAUUCUCCUGAGGGUGAUAAAGUGAGACUCUAUUUCAACUAAAAAAAAGUCAUUUUCCUAAAUCAGUCUUGAAGAUGGUCAUCUUUAGGUUGGGAGAUAAAUUUACAAAACACUAAGAAUGACAGGAGGUGAAGGUUGCAUAGGACCUAGACCACCAGGCCAGUUGUGUCAUGCCUGGACUUAAUCCAUCUUCUCCUCACUAGCUGUGCUUUCGCUCCUUCUAACUCUCUUCUUGUGCUAUGGUCACUCCUACUCAGUCUCCUUUCUUGAUUUAUUUGUCUUCCUUCCCUUAAAUGCUACUAUUCACUACCAUUCUGUUCCAGGCUCUCUCUGCUUUCUCACCAAAUGAUAUCAUUCACUCACAUGGCUUCACGUGGGCCCUUUUCCCCCAGAAACCUGAAAUCUUAAAUCUUAGAACUUGCAAACUCUAGAACCACACACCCAAAUACCUAUUUAGAUGCGUUACAGAGAUCUCUUAAUUACUAAGCAUAAACAGCUCUUCACUUAGGCUCAGCCUGGUGACUUAUGCCUAUAAUCCUAACACUCUGGGAGACCAAGGCAGGUGGAUUGGGCUUAAGGUCAGGAGUUUGAGAAUAGCCUGAGUAAGAGCAAGACCUAGUCUCUAAAAAUAGCUGGGCACACUCUGGGAGGCUGAGGCAGGCAGAUUGCCUAAGCUCACGGGUUUGACUCUGUCUCUAAAAAUAGCCAGGCAUUGUGGUGGGCGCCUAUAGUCCCAGCUACUUGGGAAGCUGAGGCAAGAGAAUCGCUGGAGCCCAAGAGUCUGAGGUUGCUAUGAGCUGUGACACUAGGGCACUACCUAGGGUGACAAAGAGAGACUCUGUUUCAAAAAAGAAAUACAUACAUACAUAAAAAUAGCUGGGCAUUCUUGCAGGCACCUGUAGUUCCAGCUAGUAGGGACACUGAAGCAAGAGCAUUGCUUGAGUCCAAAAGUUUGAGGUUGUGAGCUAUGAAGCUAUGACAUUCUACCCAGGGUGACAAAGUGAGACUCUCAAAAAACAACCAGCUCUUCAUUCUUGCCUACCCCUCCUGAAAUUAUUUUACAAACCCACAAUCUGAUCCUGAUAAUUGGCCAAGUUUGAAAAUCACUGCCUUAAUCUGUGAACAGUGGACUACAUCUAAUAAAAAAACUAAGUGUAACAUAAAAA